UUUAUUGUCGAGCCAACUCAAGAUCGUUUGAGUCCUUUCACCGGCAUUAUUUUGCUCGUUAUAUCCAAAGCGGACAUCUAAGAUCCAGUAUACGUAUUGCCAUGAAGCUAACGCGAUUAUGUCUUUAUUUAAAUCGAGCGAGAAUGGGAACUUCAUUUCAUCGGGUUUUAUUGAAGUCAUUUCUCCUGUCUUUUGGUGUAAACGUCCUGUUAUUCGUCUUACGAAGAACAAAUUUCGUUAAUCAUCUUGAACUUGCUUGCGCGGAUGAAGGUACUACGAUAUGCGAAUGGAAUGCAGCGAAAGGAAAUAUCAUGCACAAGAAUACAAUUGCCGGAAAAACGAAAGAAAGAAUUGUUGUCCGUAUUAAAACUGUUACUAGUGAGGAUACCGUCACUGUUACUAGUGAUGAUGCCGUCUUGGCAGGAGAAAACUUUGACAAGAAAGCUUUCGUGACAAUCGGAAUACCAAGCAUAGAACGUGAGGGACGCAAUUAUUUGAUCACCACGUUAGACUCUUUGCUUCAUAACGUCAGCAACGCAAAAGACUUUAGCAUGAAAAUUGUCAUUCUUCUGGCAGAUUUGAAGAAAAGUGUCAGGCAGAAGCGAUUAAAUGAACUAUCGACAAGAUAUUCUAAAUAUUUCGCUAACGGUGACAUACAUGUGAUUAGCGUGCCACCGAAGGUAUAUCCACCGUUGCAUGGCCUAACAAAAACCCUCGGGGAUAGUGAGCUGCGAAUGUUCUGGCGUUCAAAACAAGCAAUAGACUUUGCCUUUCUCAUGCAAUACUGCCAACCGUUCUCUCCGUAUUAUCUUCAGUUAGAAGAUGACGUCAUUGCCACAAGAGACUAUGAUGUGUAUAUGACACGGUACAUGAAAGAAAAGGAGGGCACGUUUUGGUUAAGCUUAAGUUUCAGCUCUUUGGGUUUUAUUGGGAAGUUGUAUCGAUCAGAGACUUUGGAAAACCAAGCGCGUUUCUUUAGGGUUUUAUAUUCUGAAAUGCCCGUCGAUCUUCUUAUGUCUUUAUACAGGAAUAUAUUGGGAAAUGAGGCUGCCAAGACAACGUAUCUUAGACAUUUGUUCGAACACAUUGGGUAUCAGUCUUCGUCAUUAUCUCGCUGAAUAGAAUGUUUUCCAUAAAGCGGGUACCUCCAUCACCUCCUAGAGGAAACGAAACUAGCUUCCUUUACGUAAUUCAUACACGCUCCCACAUGUCACUGCUUGGCCGGUACAUUGUAUCUUAGGGCAUACAACAUGAUUAUGCUGUGUUGUCUCUUGUUGGAG